AUGCUCCAGAUCAGAUCCAGUCGAUACUGGAGGAGUAUCCAGCGCUCUGCAGAGUACACUUAUGCACAGCUGGGUACUCACACCCUAGACACCAAUCAAAAGUCAAUACUCACAGAUAACGAUUGGAAGAAACUAUGGCUGCGCAGCGAUAUAAAUGCCAAUGCCAAAUUGGAUAAUAAUCUUGACUCCAGCGACAGUCCCAUGUUCGAGGACAGUGAGCUGAUGGCGCAUAAUACGACAGUACAGUUGGGUGGCACCGCCUUUCUCGUCUGCAAGGUUACCGGCGUGGAUAGAGUGGGUGUAAAUUGGAAUCAAAUUUCUUGGAUACGCCGUCGAGACUGGCACAUAUUAUCCUCGGGCGCUCAGCUCUAUACAAACGAUGAACGCUUCGCGAUAUUGCACACGCCCGGCUCCAAUAUGUGGACGCUGCAAAUAAAGUUUGUGCAACGUCGAGAUCAUGGCAUGUACGAAUGCCAGAUUGCUGCCAUCGAAGUAUUCAUAUGA